AUGAUCUUUCCAGCAGAGGACAAAAUUCUGCGUGGCCCCGAUUGUAAUACGCCGCUUCCAGACGGACUGGCCCGUUACGUAUUUGACAAGUUGCACCAGCACGGCGACAAAGUAGCUGUGGUACCAUCUUGGCUCGAAGUGUGUCGCCCUGUACAGGUGUACCCGCAGCGGGGCGGGUUGCAGCAUACGUACCGGCAGCUGCGGAGGCUGUCGGCCACGGUGGCGGCGCAGCUGGGGCGGCUGGGGGUGCGGCCUGGAGACGUGCUGGCCGUGGCCACCGACGGUGGCCCGCAGCACACGCCGCUCUUCAUCGGCUCCCUCCUCACAGGCGUCAUCUUCGCACCCUUCAACCCUUCCUUCGAUGACGAUGAGACACGCCACGUACUGGGAUUUCUGCGGCCACGUGUGCUGAUCGCCGAAAAAUCGAAGCCGUUGUACGAGAGGUUGACGACCCUCGUGGUCAGCUACGACGAGGUGGACGCGUGGUUCUCGGGCAGCUCUGUCGAAGAUGCAGACCCAGAGGUGGAAGAGGCACCAGCGCUGGACUCUCCAGCCGUUAUCCUCUGCUCGUCUGGCACCACGGGCUAUCCAAAGGGCGUCGAGGUUUCACACAGGGCACUGCUACAGUUGCUGGCGGUUGCGACUGAUCAACGGAUGCUGAUGUGGCUAGAGGGUUCGUUCAUGCUGCCAACUCCAGCUUUCUGGAUUUCUGUCACAAUGAUGCUUCUCAUAUCGAUUAACGCUGGAAAAAAAGUACUUCUCAUGGGCAAAUUUGACGAACAGUUGUUUCUAAGGGUGUUACGUGAACACCAGGUUUUGAGCACACUAAUGUCGCCAUACGCCGGAGUGCGGCUCGGCAAGAUGAGUCCGCAGCCCAACUUGGAGCCGCUGCGCGCGAUCAUGUUCGUAGGGUCGCCAAUCGACCGCUCUACCCUGCUGGAGCUGCAGACCAAGUUCCGGCUGAGGGCGGUGCAGGUUUACGGCAUGACGGAAGUCCUGAUGACGCUGAGCGACACCAGAAACAACCCCGCGCCGCUGGGUUCCGUGGGUCGCCCGCAGCCCACCGUGGAGAUCAAGGUUGUGGACACGCAGACGGGAGAGGCGCUGGGACCGGGUAAGGAGGGCGAGCUGUGCUUCCGCGGUCCGAUGGUGACCCGCGGCUAUUACAACGACCCCGCCGCCACCGCCGCCGCCAUCGACGCGGACGGCUGGUUCCACACCGGCGACGUAGGCUACUACGACGGAUCUGGUCUCUUCUACGUCACAGACCGCAUCAAAGACUUCAUCAAAUACAAGGGGGAACACGUGCCAUCUGCGCAUCUCGAGGCAACCCUGCUGAAGCACCCGGCGGUGCUGGAGGCUGCCGUCGUGGGGAUUCCCAACCCUGAGACUACGGAGCUGCCCCGAGCGUACGUCGUCGUCAAGCCCGGCGUGGACGUCUCUGCCGAAGAACUCGUCAGUUUCGUCAGCAAGGAAGUUUCUGAUCACAAAAAGCUCCGCGGAGGAGUUAUCUUCUUGGACAAACUGCCAAGGACGGCCACAGGAAAAACGUUUAAGAGGAUCCUGAGAGAACUGGCUACAAAGGAUGUGGAUGAAUAAUAAUAAUAAUAAUAAUAAACUAACAAACUGAGAGGAGUGUUACAGAAAAACCUAAUGUGAAUAACAUCUGAAAAAUAUGGUUGAAUACAUCAUAGUCAUUGUUUCUUUCAG